AUGUCCGGAAGCAACGAUGUCUACCAGACCCCCCUCAACUCGCGAUACGCGAGCACCGAGAUGAAGUAUCUCUUUUCUCCUCGCAAGCGUUUCUCCACCUGGAGACAGCUUUGGACCUGGCUCGCAGAGGCUCAGAAAGAGCUUGGCCUUCCCAUUACUCAGGAGGCCCUCGAUCAGAUGAAGGCCCACGAGGUCAUCCAGGAUGACGAGUUCGCCGUUGCCGCCGAGGAGGAGAAGCGCCGCCGACACGACGUCAUGGCCCACGUCCACGCCUUCGGACAGGUCGCCCCUGCUGCCGCCGGUAUUAUUCACUGGGGUGCCACCUCAUGCUACUGCACCGAUAACGCCGAUCUGAUCCUUCUUCGCGAUGGUCUCGACAUCCUCAUCCCCAAGCUGGCCGUUGUUGUCGACAAGCUGUCCCAGUUCGCCCAGCAGUACAAGGACCUGCCUUGCCUGGGUUUCACCCACGGUCAGCCCGCCCAGCUGGUCACCGUCGGCAAGCGUGCUUGCCUUUGGAUCCAGGAUCUGCUGAUGGAUUUGCGCAACCUCGAGCGUGCCCGUGACGACCUGCGCUUCCGUGGUGUCAAGGGUACUACCGGUACUCAGGCUUCUUUCCUCCAGAUCUUCAACGGUGACCACGCCAAGGUCGAGAGCCUCGACGAGCUCGUCACCGAGAAGGCCGGCUUCAGCUCUGCCUUCAUCAUCUCCAGUCAGACAUACUCCCGCAAGAUCGAUGUUGAUGUCGGCAACGCUCUUGGUUCUUUCGGUGCCACCUGCGAGCGCAUCGGUAUUGACAUUCGUCACCUUGCUAUGCUCAAGGAGGUCGAGGAGCCUUUCGAGAAGGACCAGAUUGGCAGCAGUGCCAUGGCCUACAAGCGCAACCCUAUGCGCUCGGAGCGUCUGUGCUCUCUCGGACGUCACCUGCAGAACCUCCCCAAGGAUGGUCUGGACACCUAUUCCGCUCAAUGGUUCGAGCGAUCUCUCGAUGACAGUGCCAUUCGCCGUAUCAGCAUUCCUGAGCUCUACCUGUCCGCUGACGCCUGUCUCAUUCUCCUGAACAACGUCACCUCCGGCUUCGUCGUCUACCCCGAGGUUAUCAAGCGCCGUGUCAACGACGAGCUCCCCUUCAUGGCCACCGAGAACAUCAUCAUGGCCUGUGUUGCUAAGGGUCUCUCCCGCCAGGAUGCCCACGAGGAGAUCCGUGUCCUCUCCCACCAGGCUGCCGACAACGUCAAGAAGCAGGGUAAGGACAACGACCUCAUUGAGCGUAUCCGCCGCACUGCCUUCUUCAAUCCCAUUAUCCCCGAGCUCGAGACUCUCCUCGAUGCUAGCACUUUCGUUGGCCGUGCUCCCCAGCAGGUUGAGAAGUUCACCUCUACCGAGGUGGCUGCUGCCAUCAAGCCAUACGCGGCUGUCAUUGCCAAGGGUGAGACCUCUGCUCUGCACGUUUAA